CUGCGCAGUCCGCUGUACUCAAGGCGGCGGAGGCGACGAGCUGGAGGAAAGAUGGAAGACUUCCAGGCUGCCGAGGAGACUGCUUUUGUUGUUGAUGAAGUGAGCAACAUUGUCAAAGAGGCUAUAGAAAGUGCCAUCGGCGGUAAUGCUUACCAGCACAGCAAAGUCAACCAGUGGACUACAAAUGUCGUAGAACAAACCUUAAGCCAACUCACCAAGCUGGGAAAACCGUUUAAAUAUAUCGUGACCUGUGUAAUUAUGCAAAAGAAUGGAGCUGGGUUACACACGGCAAGUUCCUGCUUCUGGGACAGCUCUACUGAUGGGAGCUGCACUGUGCGAUGGGAGAACAAGACCAUGUACUGCAUUGUCAGCGCCUUUGGACUGUCCAUCUGACCUCUUUGUCCAGCCUGUGACCUCUUUUGUCUCAACAUUUCUUUUCUAUUUUCUAACCCACCAUGAAUUCAGUGAACACCUUUCUCUUAUGUUUUGUAGCACUCUCAAAACGUAGACAAAUAAACCAAAUGACUGCACUGUUAUAUAAACUGCAUAUCCGAAGUCAGAUGAAUAAUUCUGUAGGCAGACUGGAGUUUGUAUUGCCACUUGUCUUAACUCUGUUUCUUUUCAAAGGUGCUAAAAACUGAAAUCUGCUAGUGGGAAACUCUUUACUCUCUGAAAUGAUUCAAAUACACUAAUUUUCCAUACUUUAUACUUUUGUUAGAAUAAUAAAUUAUUCAAAUUUCAA